AUGCCAGCAUCUUACGGGGAGGAAGAAUUACUCUUACGAGACGGUGGAACAACCGUUCCACCGCUUAUUCUGCGCCCACUUAUCCGAUCAGAUGUUCCAGCUAUCGAAGCGCUAUGUGCCGCCUCUUUUCCAAUUCAGUAUCCCGGAUGCUGGUUUGAGGAAGUGGUCGGUGGUGAACUGAUUAGCGUGGGAUUGUUCGAUGAUAAACAAUUGGUGGCGAUGAUGGUUGCAGAAAUGAAAACAAUUUUACAUUGUAAUCCUGAGGAUCGCGAUAUAGUAGCGGAUAGUGGCGCUCCAUGCUGUUUAUAUGUUGAGUUUGGCUGUGUCUCACGCGUAUCGAAGAUUAGGUUGUGGACAAUUCCUCCAUAUCCGAAGGCUGUGUUUUUACAUGUCUUAUCGACAAAUUUACCAGCGAUCAGAUUCUACAAAUCGCAUGGAUUUGUUCAUCACACUACCUUGUUAAAUUAUUAUCAUUUGAAAUCGGAGUAUGGAGACGCAUGCACCUAUGUGCUCUACACGAAUGGAUCACGACCUCCGUUUUCCAUCGGCGACGUUUGUCGAUCAGUGGGCACAGCACUUUGUUUCCCUCUCAAAGCUCUAUUCCGGGACGUUUUUUCCCUA